CGGAGGCGGACGGAGGGGCGCGAGCUAGGCGGGGGCGACCCGUGAAGGUCCCGAGUUCAAGAGACGCGGCUGCGCCUCGGCAGUCGGGGUUCGCCGAGGUCCGCUGAGCGAGCGCCGCGCAGACCUCCGCGCCCGGCCGCGUUAGAGCGGCGCUCGUGGUCCGGGCGCGCCCGGCCCGACUCUGCUGUCAGUCACCAGAGUUUUUCCAGAGCCUCCAGUGUCCGGGAAGAUAAAAGUUCACUGAUGGCUCAGUUGGGAGCAGUUCUGGCGGUGGCUUCCAGUUUCUUGUGUGCGUCUCUCUUCUCAGCUGUGCACAAGAUAGAAGAGGGACAUAUUGGAGUAUAUUACAGAGGUGGUGCCCUGCUGACUUCCACGAGCGGCCCCGGUUUCCAUCUCAUGCUUCCGUUCAUCACGUCAUAUAAAUCGGUGCAGACCACACUUCAGACAGACGAAGUGAAGAAUGUACCUUGUGGGACCAGUGGUGGUGUGAUGAUCUACUUUGAUAGAAUUGAGGUGGUGAACUUCCUGGUCCCAAAUGCAGUGUAUGAUAUAGUAAAGAACUACACUGCCGACUACGACAAGGCACUCAUCUUCAACAAGAUCCACCACGAGCUGAACCAGUUCUGCAGCGUGCACACACUUCAGGAGGUCUACAUCGAGCUGUUUGAUCAGAUUGAUGAAAAUCUCAAACUGGCUUUGCAACAGGACCUGACCUCCAUGGCCCCUGGCCUUGUCAUCCAAGCUGUGCGGGUGACCAAGCCCAAUAUCCCUGAAGCAAUCCGCAGAAACUACGAGCUCAUGGAAAGUGAGAAGACGAAGCUUCUUAUUGCAGCUCAGAAACAGAAGGUGGUAGAGAAGGAGGCCGAGACCGAGCGGAAGAAAGCCCUCAUUGAGGCAGAGAAAGUGGCUCAGGUUGCAGAAAUCACCUACGGGCAGAAGGUCAUGGAGAAGGAGACGGAGAAAAGGAUUUCAGAAAUCGAAGAUGCUGCAUUUCUGGCCCGUGAGAAGGCAAAAGCCGAUGCCGAGUGCUACACUGCUCUGAAAAUAGCUGAAGCAAAUAAGCUGAAGCUGACCCCAGAAUAUCUACAGCUGAUGAAAUACAAGGCCAUUGCUUCCAACAGCAAGAUUUACUUUGGCAAAGACAUACCCAACAUGUUCAUGGACUCUGCGGGCGGCCUAGGCAGGCAGUUUGAGGGGCUGGCCGACAAGCUGAGCUUUGACUUGGAGGAGGAGCCCGUGGAGGCCACUGGGAAGGAGAACUGAAACACAGAAAGUAUACAACCUCAGAUGACGCUUAAAGAGAUCUUUAUUUUUUAAGAUGAAACAGAAUGCUACUUCCUCCCUUACUACCUUCUUGGACUCCUCAAGUUGUUGUGAAAAGGAAAUGGACUUAAAUCUGUUCCCCUUCCUAGGAAGGGAGGGUAGGGAUUGAUGAUUUGGGGAUUUUAUUCAGGUAAGUAAGUAGGUUAUGUGACUUCUACAAAGAUUUGUAUACCAUGGCUUUGACCUCAGACCUCCCGGCACCAACUCUGGCUGUGAAGGUGGUGCAUCUGGAAUGCUGUCACUAAGCAGCAGUGGGGGAGACAUAGGAUGCUUCCUCCAGGUGAUUUGAUUCCCUUCUCAAACCUCACCUCUGGGGCUCACAGCUGAGAAGACACAGCCACAGGGAGCAUAUGACGUCCCUGGCAGUUUUGUCAGUGUAUGGAUGAGUCUUUUCAGAGACAAGGUUGGUUGGUUGGUUGGUUGGUUGGUUGGUUGGUUGGUUGGUUGGUUUGGAGCCCUCCUAAGGAAGAACUGGUGCUAGGUUUUGCAAGAUUUUCUAUACACUAUGUUCCUUUCCCUGGGGCUCAGGGUAGUGGUCUGACUAUAUUUCCAGAGUCAGGGCUUCAUUCUCUCCACUACUCAAGUCUUUUUGAACUUUUCAUCUAAUCUGUGAUUUGGUCUCUUCUCAAGUAAUCUGUCUGUGGUUCUACUCAGCAUCAAGAAGACAGGAACAAAUAACCCAAGCGUCUUCCUAGCUGCUGACAUGGGAUCGUUAUACCCAGUAGGCACUGUCAUAUGUGCUUGGCAAGCUGUGUGUGUACCCGAGUACACUGUCCUUCCUGCUGUGCUGCAGGGAGGAGCUCUGCCACCACGCAUGGAGGAAGAAGAGUCAGGAGAUUUCCUAGUGUGAUGCCUUGGCUUGUGUCGGGAGUCUGACACAGUGCUAAAGGGAGCCCAUCCUAAGUAGCUUGUGAUUUUCAAUCCAGAGCUCCACACAGCCACUCAGGUCGGACUGAUGGUAAAUCUCCUGAGACAGCUGUGUAGAUGCGAGUCAGAGUUCAUGCCUAUGUCCUCAGGCUGGCGAUGAAAGCGUCAAAAUGCAUUCAAAGUGUUUUAUUUUGAUUUAGGAUGAGGAGAACAAACAUGAAGAUUUAUAUUGAGCUGGGCAUGGUGGCACACACCUGUAAUCUCAGCACUUGGGAGGCUGAGGCAGGAUGAUGGUUGCAAGUUCA